AAUAUCCUUCAACUAGCCUACAAAAUGACAAAGGGCCCUCUGAUUUCACUACUAUAUAUAAUGUGCUUGAUCUUGAAGUUUACAAUUAUGAUAGUAAUCAAGUACAAAACACAGCUCAAAUUCAAGAAGAUUUAAAAAAAAAAGCACAUGCUGUAUUUCAUAAUGCAACUAUAAUCAAAACUGUAAAUGAACUCUGUAAAAAAGAAGUUCAAAUUAAAUAUAUUUAUAAUAAUGGUUGGAGUGUCAUUCUUGGCAACUUAGAUGCUGCACAAGCUAAAGGUCUUGAACUUGCACUUGCAGAUUUGGAUCUAACAAAAACCUAG